AUGGGAAGUUGUAAUAUCAUGGGUAACUUUCCUACUUUGAAGAUCCUUAGAGGGGAGGAUAAGAUCAAGAUAUAUGAAGAGGGCUUGUCAAAUGGAGAUGAAAAAAUUGUGAACUGGUGGAAGAUAAAUGCUGAUCAUCCAUUUAGGGUCUAUAAAGCUUGUAUGGAAUUCGACAAAGAUGAUAAUUGUAUCGAAAGUUCCACUUCGAAACGUAGUUUUUGUGAGGAAUGUUCUUCCAUGUUAUGGAAUUACCAUGAUGACUGGCCUCAUGUG